AAACAUGUCAGAGCUUCCAUAGAACUACAAGGUUUAACUACUCAAUAUAUCUGGUCAUGUGUUCAACAUGAAGUGUAUUGUGUUUUAUUAACACAUCUAAAUAAUAUUACACCAACUGAAUUAAAUGAAUUAUCACUUUCAUCAAAUAAAAAUGGUUUAUUCAAGCUACAAGCACGUAUUAGUAAAAUCGGUAUUGCUAUUGACGGUGAAGAUGUAACAACAACGGAUAAUGAUCAUUCCAGUGCGACAUUAGAUUUAAGCAAAGUUGAUUUGAAUGCAUUAAUGGGUCGUAAACGUAUUGGAGCAUUUAAUUUUGCAUCAAUCACUGGUUCAUCUUCGACAACAACAUCAACUACUACUAAUACUACUACUAAUACUACUUCUACUGCUAGCGCUACUAUGAUCUCAACCAAUACUAAUACUAUUCCUACUACUGCUACUAUUACUAAUAUCAAUUCUACUACGACUACUACUACGACACGAGAUAAUCAAUCGAAUAUGAAUACAAUUACAGGAAAUAUUACUGCAACUAAUCCAACUGUUGCAACAAAUCAAGGUCAAAGUAAUAAUAAUGUACCAUUAUUUAGCUUUUCUAAUGCAUCACAUUAUCUUGGUGUAUCGACGUAUUUAUCAGAAAGUCGAGCAAUGUCAGGUUUACCUGGUGUUGAUAGUCAAACUGGACAAACAAUGACAGAGAAAUCUGCUCCAAUUUAUCCAUUGGCAUGUCGACCAUCUGGUGAUAAUAUAUUAAGUGUAUAUAAAAUGGUAAUGGAAUUUAUUGAAGCUGUUGAAUGGGAAAUGAUCAAGUAUACAGAAUUUUCUGAUUUACACUCCGUCAAUCAUUCUGAUACAGGUGGGCACGAUGAUCGUCAACGGUGUCAAUUACGUACACAACUUAAAAAUUUCAUUGAAAAUAUCUAUCUACCUGGAAAGCUUUCUUCUUUACGUAAUAAACUACAGAGAUCACUUAAUU